UGAUCGAUCUCAUCGACUCCUCACAUGUAACUAAUUGAAAAGUGAUCGAUUUUUGAUUGAGUCACUCUGGUCUUGGCUUCAGCCACGGGUUACGCUAAGGUGAACACUUUUUACCAUGUUAAUUAACAAAAACAUCAGGAAAAGUUAAGGGGGUAUAUAGAGAUAAGCGUGGGCAGGGUACGGCAUUCAGGAUAAGGACGACCAGUAUCACUGUCUUGUAUAGACGAAGAUUCCGAACACGAAGAUGAACACCAUGACUUUUGACCAGGAAAUCACCUCUGACCAGGAAAUGACCUUUGACGAGGAGAUGAUGACCCCGAAAGUGUCCAGGAACAAGUAUAGUUUCCAUGACGACGACUCUGGCCUUGGGUUUGAUGACGAGGACUACGAGGCAGUAUUCGGAGGAGAGUCCUCUCCAGGGAAUGACAAACCGGAAAUCACUGAUAGCAACGAGAACGAGUUUCAGAUCCGUCGUCUAUCCAAAGGUCCCGUGGUUCGUCGGGACCUGUUUUCGAGGAAGCGCCCCCUACAGGAACAUGAAUGUGAUGACUACCCCGCACCAAAUUGCCGAAGCAUGAGACAGAAGUCAGUUUCGUUUGCGAUUGGGGACCAUGAUGAUAUGUGUGAUAGUGCUGAUGUCAAAAUGGCUAUGGAUUUGAUGGCGGAGACGGGGGACUUAGUUGCGGACGGAAGUCGACCGUAUUGUUUACCAACCAUACCAGGAAAGCAUCAGGAUUUGAAGAACAUUUCACCAGAAACGAUGUGUGACGUGUUACGUGGCGGGUACGAUGACGUCAUCGCUAGUUGCAGAGUCGUCGACUGUCGGUAUCCAUACGAAUUCGAAGGAGGACAUAUACAGGGAGCAGAAAACCUCCACACACAUGACGCCGUCAGGGAACUUCUCCGGGCCGGGAGUCGUGAUCACGAGAGACAUGUCAUUAUAUUCCACUGCGAGUUUUCGUCCGAAAGAGGGCCAAAAAUGUAUAGGUUUCUUCGAGCUGAGGACCGUGCAGUGAACAAGGAGAGUUAUCCUUCCCUGAUUUACCCGGAAGUGUACCUAUUGGACGGAGGUUACAAAGCUUUCUACGAACACGACAAGACUUGCUGCAGCCCUAUGUCUUACGUACCGAUGCUUCACAAGGGACACGUGGGCGAUUUACGUCAUUUCCGUUCGAGGUCAAAGUCCUGGGCUGCUGGCCAGAAGAGGAAAAACGCCAUGAGACUGCAGUUUUGAUAAUCUCAAAAACCAACGAACAUUACACAUCCAAUAUACGGUACCAGGGUACGUCCGGUUUGCGAAUUGCUGUGACGUUAUCGAACUGAUUAGGACCAGCUGUGAUAAACUGACAUUUCUGUGAUAUUCAUAAAUAGUGCUAUUUACAAAUGACUUUCUGUGAUAAUGUAUUGUUUAUAUCAUUGUUAUAAUAACGGUGCUAUAGGUAAGAAAAACAAUGGGUUUCCCUUGUUUUUAUUUCUCUGUCUGUCUUUCUGUCUUUCUUUCUGACUUCUUGUCUAUCUCUCCUCUCUUUG